CUGUUGUCAGAAGUGCUCGAGGACCUGUCCCGGUCAUUUGCAUUGCUAAACUAUCAGUACAGUUUAGAGAGACGGGGGAAAUAGACCAGACCGUUUUGUUUAAAGACAUUCCCCGUAAGGUGAGGCAUAUAUCAAGGCUUCGGUCGACUAGAUAGCUGUUUAUCCAAUCCUGGUUUAGGUUUUUUUCACGUAGUCUGGGCGGUGUGACUGGCGAGAGUAGCCCACCACAUGCGCAUUGGAUUUUCGACUUCACAACAGUAGCAAAGUGUUUAAAACAUUUCUUGCUCUCAAAGUAUCCACUGGUCUUCUGAGUUAAUCGGCAGGAUCCAUAGACCAUGUUUUGGGACAUACGUGGCUUGAAUGUCUGGACUUACGCAAGAAUGUUGACAGUUGUGGUGUUGGCAUUAUGUAGCAUCCACUCCGGAUAUGGCCAGACCUGCACAGAGGGGUUCGCCUACGAUCGCAGGGCAAGAGUAUGUGUUGACAUUGAUGAGUGCCGUACGGUACCAGACGCCUGCAGAGGGGACAUGCAGUGCGUGAACCAGAACGGAGGCUACCUCUGCAUCCCCCGGGGGCUGUACAGCCAGCCUACCUACCCCCGGGGUGGUGAAGGAGGAGGAGGGGCAGGCAGGUCCCAGGCCACCUACCCAGACACCUCCCUGGGCUUCCCAGAAGCAGACCCCUACCCUCUCCAACCCCCUCCAGGCCCCCCCGUGGCUCCCAGCUACCCUGUCGUAAGCCGCUCCGCGCCCUGCCUUCUGGGAUACACCCUGGCAGAAGAUGGGACCUGUCAUGACAUGGAUGAGUGUGAGACAGACUCCCACCAGUGUAACCCCACCCAGGUGUGUAUCAACACAGCUGGAGGAUAUACCUGCUCCUGUACCGAGGGCUACUGGCUGGUCGGGGGACAGUGUCAGGACAUUGAUGAGUGUCGCUACGGCUACUGCCAGCAGCUGUGUGCCAACGUGCCAGGCUCCUAUUCGUGCUCUUGCAACCCUGGCUUCCUCCUCAACCCUGACAGCAGAACCUGUCAAGACGUGGACGAGUGUGAGGACAACCCCUGUGCCCAUGGCUGUUUCAACACCUACGGCUCCUACAUGUGUAGCUGUGAAGAGGGAUUUGAGCUGGCUUCUGACGGCACCACCUGCAAUGACCUGGACGAGUGUGGUUUCUCAAGUUUCAGUUUUUUAUUUGUCAGCAAUUUGUUGAACACUCCAGGGUCCUUCCAGUGUCACUGCAUUUUAAAUUCAGGCUGAAACACAACAAAAUGUGUAAAAAGUCCAGCGGGAUACUAUCUUUAUGAGGAUGGGAGGAGCUGUGAAGAUAUCAAUGAAUGUGAGACUGGUAACAACACGUGUACAACAGCACAAGUAUGUUUCAAUUUCCAGGGAGGCUAUACAUGCUUGGAUCUGCUAAAAUGUGAUCCACCGUACGUUGAACUCAGUGACAAUCAGUGUAUGUGUAGUGCAGAGAACCCAGCUUGUAGAGACAGGCCCUUCACCAUCCUUUACCGUCACAUGGACCUGUCCUCAGGCCGCAGCGUCCCAGCAGACAUCUUCCAGAUGCAGGCCACUACCAGAUACCCUGGAGCUUUCUACAUCUUCCAGAUCAAAGGACCGGGCAACGAGGGACGAGAGUUCUACAUGAGGCAAACCAGUAACGUGAGUGCCACUCUGGUCCUGUCUCGACCCAUCAAGGGUCCCAGGGAGCUGGUCCUGGAUCUGGAGAUGGUAACCGUUAACAACGUCAUCAACUUCAGAGGCAGCAGUAUCAUACGUCUGACGAUAUACGUGUCUGAGCAUCCUUACUGAGGCCCCUCUGACCUUUAACCCCUGACCUCUGACCAAUCACUACGUCCGGUCCAACUCUCACAAGCCCGAAGUAUACCUUCCUAGAUUCCUAUACUCUCCAAAUCUCCCGAUCUUCCAGCAGGCAGCUCCACUCCGCUUCCCUCCCGUUCUUUGGAUCACUACAACUAUCGUCUCAAUAAACUCUUACCUGUUGUUAUAGGAGACGGGGGGCACCUUCCUCUCCAUUGCACCACCUCCCCUCCCCACUCUUACAUCCACAUCAGACUGUUACUGGACUGUACAUUAUGGUGCUAAGGACGUAUCCACACAGAAGGAUAUUUAUGUUGUAUUGUAAAGGCUGUGUGACUCUCUGUCUCUCUGUCUCUCUCUCUCUCUGUCUCUCUCUCUCUGUCUC